AUGCCUAACGGUGCCUCGUUGAUUUCUCAUCUUUUGUAUGCGGAUUAUGCCAUUAUCAUUGGAGAAUGGUCGGAUGCUAAUAUUUUAAACGUGGUCAGAAUUCUUCGAGUGUUUUAUAUGUGUUCAGGUUUGAAGAUAAAUCUAUCCAAGUCAAAUCUUUAUGGUAUUGGAAUGGAUAUGGAUGAAGUGAAUAAUACGACUAUGGUGGUUGGGUGUAACGCAGAGAGCACUCCUUUUAAGUAUCUUGGUUUGAUGGUUGGGGCUAAUAUGAAUCGAGUAAACAAUUGGAAGUCGGUGUAUGAUAUCUGUGAAGCUAGACUUUCCAGAUGGAAACCUAGUUUGCUCUUUAUUGGAGGUCGUAUCAUGGUUAUUAAGUCGAUUCUUGAAAGUUUUCCUAAUUACUAUUUUUGUUUGUACAAAGCCCCGGUUAAAGUGAUUAGAGACCUGGAAUCAAUGAUAAAACGAUUUUUAUGGGGAGGUUCAGGUGAUUAA